GUUAUAAUUUCAGAGAGAAAUUGAGUAGUAGAAGUGAUUUAAAGUUAGACGAUGCUGUUGAUCUGUUCAGUGUUAUGGUCAAGUCUCGUCCUUUCCCUUCAAUUUUCGAUUUCAGUAAAUUGUUGAGUGCCAUUGCCAAAAUGAAGAAGUAUGAUGUUGUCAUCUCCUUGGGCGAGCAGAUGCAGAAGCUGGGGAUUUCACACAGUCUUUAUACAUACAAUAUCCUCAUAAACUGUUUCUGCCGCUCUUCUCAACUCUCUCUUGCUUUAGCAAUACUUGGGAAGAUGAUGAAACUUGGUUAUGAGCCCAGCAUUGUUACACUUUCUUCGCUUCUCAAUGGGUACUGUCACGGCAAGAGGAUUUCUGAUGCCGUAGCUUUGGUUGAUCAGAUGGUGGCAAUGGGAUAUCAACCUAAUACCGUUACAUUUACUAUUCUGAUUCAUGGCCUUUUUCACCACAACAAAGCUUCUGAAGCCGUGGCUUUAGUUGACCGAAUGGUUGUAAAAGGUUGUCAACCAAAUCUGGUUACUUAUAGCGUGGUAGUAAAUGGAUUAUGUAAGAGAGGUGACAUUGAUUUGGCUUUGCAUCUGCUCAGGAAGAUGGAACAAGGAAAAAUACAGGCUUGUGUUGUAAUUUACAGCACAGUCAUUGAUGGUCUCUGCAAAUACAGACAUGUGGAUGAUGCUCUAAACCUGUUCAACGAAAUGGAGAAGAAAGGAGUUAGACCUAAUGUUGUUACCUACAACUCCCUCAUAAGUUGCCUUUGUAAUUACGGAAGAUGGAGUGAUGCUUCUGGACUGCUGAGCCAUAUGAUCGAGAGGAGAAUCAACCCUGAUCUUGUCACUUUCAGCACAUUGAUCGAUGCGUUUGUGAAGGAUGGGAAGCUUCUAGAAGCUGAGAAAUUGUACGAGGAGUUGAUCAAAAGGUCUAUAGAUCCUAAUAUUUACACGUUCAGUUCAUUGAUCAACGGGUAUUGCAUGCACGAUCGUUUAAACGAGGCUAAGCAGAUGUUUUCUUUGAUGGUUAGCAAGGAUUGCCUCCCAGACUUAGUGACAUAUAAUACUCUUAUAAAGGGAUUUUGCAAGUCUAAGAGAGUGGAAGAAGGUAUGGAACUCCUCCGCGAGAUGUCUCAGAGAGGGUUGGUUGGCGACACAGUCACUUACACAACUCUUAUCCAAGGGUUUUUUCAAGUUGGAGAAUGUGAAAAGGCCCAAAUGGUAUUCAAACAGAUGAAUAAUGAUGGUGUGCCUCCCAAUAUCAUGACAUACAACAUUUUGUUAGUUGGACUUUGUAAUCAUAGGAAGCUAGAGAAAGCAUUGGUGGUAUUCGAUUAUAUGCAAAAGAGUAAACUGGAACUUGAUAUUGUCACAUUUAAUAUUAUGAUUGAAGGGAUGUGCAAGGCUGGGAAGGUGGAAGAUGGGUGGGAUCUAUUUUGUACCCUCAGCCUUAAAGGAGUGAAGCCUGAUGUUGUAACCUAUACUACAAUGAUCUCAGGAUUUUGUAGGAAAGGUUUAAAGGAGGAAGCAGGUGCCUUGUUCAAUAAAAUGAAAGAAGAUGAACCUCUUCCAGACAGUGGUACUUAUAAUACGCUUAUCAGGGCGCAUCUUAGAGAUGGUGACAAAGCAGCAUCAGCGGAACUCAUCAGAGAAAUGAGGCGUUGCGGGUUUGUUGGAGAUGCUUCAACUUUUGGCUUGGUCACAGAUAUGUUGUUUGAUGGGAGAUUGGACAAAACCUUCUUGGAAAUGCUUUCUUAA